CCGCCGCCCAGUGUGUGCCCCGGGACCCGGGGAGCCGUAGGGACGAAAGGGACAGGAUGGCUCGGUGCGGGACCUCGGGGCCCUCCUCGGGGCCCCAGCACGCGCGGCCCAGGCCUUUCAAGGCCUCCGUGGGCACGUCGCCGUCGUGGAUAACAACGCCCCUGCUGCUGCUUGCCGUCGUGCUGCUCGCUGGAGUCCUUCCAUGGGCCGAGGCGGCCAAGAAGGUGUCCGGCGGCGCGUCCCCGAGCCCAGCCGCGGGGUCCAAGGCCACCAAGGAGCACGUCGAGUCCGUCAUCGAGGAUGUGUCGGCCAAACAGCUGGAGCGCGUGCUCAACGAGAAGGACUUUGUUGCCGUGUUCUGGUAUGCGCGAAGUUGUCACACAUGCGACAAGGUGCUGGAAGAGCUGGAGAAGAUCGAUGACGACACGGACUCGUUUGGCGUCGACUUCGUCAAGAUCAAUGACAAACGACUGGCCAAGCAUUAUGGAAUUAAGACCUUCCCUGCACUCACUUAUUUCCGAGAAAAGACGCCCAUCAUUUACGAAGGAGACCUCAUGGACGAAGAAAACGUGUUGGAUUUUCUUACCAGCCUGGAAGCAAUGGAUCUGCCGGACAGAAUCGAAGAGGUGAACGCACGAAUUCUCGGAAAAAUCAUCGAAGAAACGGACUUUGUUGCCGUCCUAUUUUGUCCAGGAGCGAAAACAUGCCCACCGGGAUCCCAAAACAAGCCUGCUUGUAAGAAGUGCACAAAAGCAUUAAUGGAACUGGAAAACAUAGACGAUGAAGCCGACCAGUUGGGUAUUGGAUUUGUCAAGAUUGCUGAUGAAGCUUUGGCGGAGGAGUACAACCUUGGAGAGCUGCCACGACUUGUGUACUAUAGGCAUCAAAUACCAAUCAUUUACGAAAACGAGCUGACAAAGGAGGAAGACGUUCUGGAGUGGUUGGUGCAAAACAAAUCAACUGGGGAUGAAGAGGAUGUGAUAGAAGAAGUGACUGCCAAAACACUCGACACUCUAAUUGGAAGCAUUGACAACUUGGUCGUCCUCUUCUACGACAACGACGACGAGGAUUCGACACAGGUACUUGGAGAAUUGGAAAAGAUUGACGACGAUUGUGACAAACAUGGUAUACAGUUUGUCAAGAUUGACGACGAAAAGGCUGCACAAGCAUUUGGAAUUGACCAAGUUCCAGCAAUAGUGUACUUUGAAAAACAAAUUCCAAAUGUCUAUGAUGGCGAUAUUGAAAAUGAGGAUGAAAUAUUAGAGUGGCUAGUUGACCAACUGGAAAAGGAUGAAAUAGAAGAUGUUACCGAUGAAAUGCUUGAUCGCCUCAUAAAGGAGGGAAAAAAUAUGGCCGUACUGUUUUAUGACAACAAUGACAGAAAAUCUCAAAGAGUAUUAAACGAGCUAGAAAACAUUGAUGAUGAGUGUGAUCAGCAUGGUAUUGUUUUUGUCAAGAUUGAUAAUCCAGAGGAAGCGAAAGAAUACGGCAUAGAAAAAAUUCCAGCUCUCAUGUAUUUUGAAAAGAGUAUCCCCAUGAUGUACCCCGGAAACCUAGAGGAAGAAGAAAAGGUGUUAAGUUGGCUUGAGCAUCAAAUUGCUCACGAUGAGAUAGAAGACGUCACUGACGAAAUGUUGGACAUGUUAAUUGACAAGAUGAACAACGUUGCAGUUUUGUUUUACGACAGUGACCAAAAGAAAAGCCAAAAGGUUUUAUCGGAGCUAGAAAAUAUUGAUGACGAAUGUGAUCAAAAUGACAUCGCAUUUGUCAAAAUUGAUAACGAUGCUGAAGCAAAGGAAUAUGGCAUUGAAGAACUGCCAACUCUUGUAUACUUCGAAAAACGCAUUCCUCACGUUUAUGACGGCGAUCUUACCAAAGAAGAAGAGCUCCUGGGGUGGCUCCUACACCAAAAACGCCAUAGCGAAAUACCGGACAUUACAGAUGAAAUGAUGGAUAUACUGAUCGAGAAAACCCCAUAUUUAGCAGUCCUUUUUUAUGAUAAAGAUGACAAACAAGAUAUUCGAGUGCUCAACGAACUGGAAAAUAUUGACGAUGAUCUAGAUCGAGAAGACAUAGUUAUAGUGCGGAUGGACAAUAAAGCAGAAGCAAAAGAGUACGGUAUUGACCAUUUACCCACUCUUGUCUAUUUUGAAAACAAAAUACCAGCUAUAUACGAGGGUGACCUUAUGAAUGAAGAUGAAGUUCUGCGCUGGCUUGUUGAGCAAAAGACUUCCGCAACGAUUGAAGAAGUGACUGACGAGAUAUUGAAAGAAUUAGUUGAAGAUCACGAAUACGUCGUUGUCUAUUUCAGUGGAAAGUGUGAAGAUGGAGAAGACUGCGAUGACAUUCUUGACGAGUUAGAAAAUAUUGACGAUGAGCUGGAUGAAACUGGUAUUAUAUUUGUUACAACGGAAGACAUAAACUUUGCUAAAAAGACAGGCAUUAAAAAUUUUCCAGCAUUGGUGUUCUUUAGGAAUAAAGAGCCACUCACCUAUAAAGGUGACUUGGAGGACGAGGAUGAAGUUUUGGCAUGGAUUACUGACGAAGACACUUUGGAAAUACCUGGUCGAAUUGAAGAAGUUAAUGCAAGAAUGUUGGAUAACAUCCUGGAUGAAAAUGACCAUGUUGUCGUGUUUUUCUACAAAGAAGGAGAUAAGAAAAGCCAAAAGGUUCUUGCUGAACUUGAAAAUAUUGACGAUGAGUGCGAAGAAAAAGACAUUGAUUUUGUAAAAACAUCAGACGAAGGAAUAGAUAAAGAAUACGACUUGGCCUCUUUGCCAGCUCUUGUGUUUUACAGACACAAAUUUAGGAAAAUUUAUGACGGCGAUCUCAUGCAAGAAGAACAAAUUCUGGAAUGGGUGCUGGAUUUGCACGAAUCAACUCCUGAUGUCAUUGAGAGUGUUGAUCGUAAAACUUUAAGAGUACUAAUCGAAGAUGUUGAGCAUCUGGCUGUAUUCUUCUAUGAUGACAAAUGUGGAAAAGUUUGUGAUGAUAUUUUAGAAGAGCUAGAAACUAUUGAUGAUGAUACCGAUAAGCACGGUAUCCAAUUCGUAAAAAGCAAGGAUUCUAAGCUAGCAUCUGAAAUUGGUAUCUUCUCAUUCCCUGCCCUUGUCUACUACGAAACCGGAGUUCCCAUCAUGUACGACGGCAAUCUUUUGGAUGAAGAUGCAGUUCUUAACUGGAUGAUGAGGCAAAAGACGGACGAAAGCAUUGAAGAUAUCGACCGAGACACAUUGUUUGAGUACAUUGAUACAAAGGAAUUUCUGGCUGUUGUUUUCUAUACGGAGGAUGAUCCAGGUGUUCCUAGAAUACUUCGUCACGUUGAGCUGAUCGACGACGAAGCAGCUCAGUACGGAAUCAAAAUUGUAAAAUGCAGUGACAAGCUCAUGGCAAAAAAGUACGGUUUCCGCAAUCCGCCCGGCAUUACAUAUUUUAGGAAAAGCAAGCCUAUAAACUAUGACGGGGACAUUGACGACGAUGAAGAGCUACUGGACUGGCUGACCGACCCGGAAAACAUGGAACUGACAGACCACAUCGAGCGCGUCAACCGGAAGAUGUUUGCAAAAAUCCGACAAACGUCGGACUAUGUCGCUGUUUUCUUCUACAGUGACGACUGCAAGCAGUGCGCUCGAGUUCUCGCUGAGAUAGAGCAUAUUGACGACGAAGCUGACGGUGCUGGAAUCAACUUCGUAAAGAUUGACGACAAACAGAUGGCCAAGGAUUACGGCGUCUUUGCUUUGCCUGCCGUCCUGUUUUUCAAAAUGGGCACCAAAGAUCCCGUCAUUUAUGCUGGUGACCUAUACGAUGAAGGACAGCUGCUGAGCUGGCUGCUCACUCAAAAGGAUCCUGGUGGUGAAGUCAUUGAAGACCUUGAUGGUGACGACCUGAUUCGCCUCAUUGAAGAAUCCGACUCGCUAGCCGUGUACUUUUGGAACAAGACGCUUUGCGACAUGUGUAGCAGUAAGCAAUUCCGGAAGCAGCGAAGGAAGGAGCUGCUCGCGGAGAGCUUGAUGGCCGCCGAGGCGGCUGCUGCAGCGGGCAUUCCCGUUGGCGCAACUCCGGCAGCUCCCGCCGCGGAGGAGGGCCCACCAGGCGACGACAAAAUGGACGGGUGCGACCAAUGCAAGGAAAUUUUGGAAGAGCUAGAAAACAUUGACGAUGAUUGUGACAGGCAUGGAAUAAUUUUUGUCAAGACCCAGGACUUCAACAUUGCGGAGGACUACGGUGUGACCGAUUUCCCAUGCUUGGUGUAUUUUGAAAACAUGAUACCGAACGUCUUUGAGGGCGACUUGGCAGAAGAAGAAGAAGUCUUGCAGUGGCUCAUAACUCAACGCACUGAGGAUCGGAUCGAGUUGAUCACACGAGUGAUGCUGGAAGCGGCAGUGGAGUCGACACAAUAUCUCGCAGUUUACUUUUACAAGAGCAACUGCCACACCUGUGACCUCAUCCUGGAGGGUCUGGAAGGUGUGGACGACGAGUGCGACGUGUACGGCAUCCACAUGGUGAAGAUCCAGGACCCGCAGCUCGCCAAGCGCUACUCGAUCAAGACCUUCCCGGCUAUGGUUUACUUCAGGAACGGGAACCCGCUCUUAUUCGAAGGCGACCUGCAAAAUGAGGAAUCUGUUCUGGAAUGGCUGAUCGACGAUGACAACAGGGAGUUAGCAGACGAAAUUGAAGAAGUCAACGAGCGCAUGCUGGAACGACUGCUGGACGAGAGUCUCUACCUGGCUGUUCUUUUUUACGACAACGACUGUCCGGAAUGCGACGACAUCCUCGAGGAGCUGGAGAAGAUAGACGGAGAAGUCGAUCAGUUUGGCAUUGACAUGGUCAAGAUCUCGGACCCCGAGGCCGCGGCCCGCCACAACAUCAUCAACUCGCCGUCCCUCGUCUUCUUCCGCAAGCGAGUGCCGCUGCUGUUCGACGGCGACCUGUCCGACGAGGAGAAGGUGCUGGCCUGGCUCACGGCACAGGACGUGUUCGAGAUCAAGAACGAGAUCGAGGAGGUCAACCGCAAGAUGCUGGACAAGCUGCUCGACGAGAACGAGUUCCUUGCCGUUUACUUCUACGAUGAGGACGAGGACGACGGCAUCAAGAUCCUGGAGCGCCUGGAGAGGAUCGACGGCGAGACGGACAACAUGGACAUCACCUUCGUCAAGAUGGCGGACCCCCGGUACGCGCGCAAGUGGGGCGUGACCAAGCUCCCCGCAAUCGUCUACUUCAGGAAGAGAUUCCCCAGCAUAUUCAGAGGGGAUCUCACGGACGAGGACGACGUGCUGGAGUGGCUGCGGAAGAACAGAUUCCGGCAGCCCGAGCUGAACCUCUUCAUGUACGCGCUCAUCGCCAUUACCAUCGCCUUCGUCAUGUACACCGCCUUCCUCAUGUACGGCUUCCAGCCGCACGCCAAGACAGCGUGACCGUCGGCGUGGCGGGGCGAGGCGGGGCGAGGCGUGGCGGGGUAGCCGCGCGGCCCCGCGGAGCAACGCACGGGACUGGAUCUCUCUCAUCUGGGGUGUGGAGGCUGUGCCCUGGCUGUGCCCCUGGCGGGGCGUGGCGGGGCGCGGUGGGGCGCGGCGGGGCUUGGCGAGGCAUUCCCGAGUGGAACAGCCCCUGCCGCCGGCUGUGGCCGCUCUCUCGCCUACCUCUCUGGUAGGCACACAGCGUGCGUGGGCGUGGGCACAGCGUGCAUGGGGGAGACGCGGCGUGGCGGAGCGUGGCGUGGCGUGACGUGGCAAGGCGUGUGGCACCUAGCGGCCGAAGAGCCGUCGGCACUCCGGACACUGCGUGUUGCGCCCCUCCCCGACUGGACUCCCGCUCACCUCGAACCUCACUGCGCCGGGCGGGCCGGGCGCCGGUGGGCUCGAAGCUCGAAUCCACUCCUUCGGCCUGUUCCGUAGGACCCGGAGAAGGAGGGGCCCCGAGGCCUCGUCCAGUAGAAAUAAGCUAAACACUGAUCUCAACCGCCAUGCUGAUUCCGGCCCCCUUCCCGUUGAAGGGAGGGGUGGGGCCGACGGAGGAAAGGGGUGGCAGAGGGAAGGGGUGGCAACACUGUGGGCAGGACUGGAGGGCGGCGGCAGCACCACUGGAACAGGCUGUCACCUAUUUUUCUUGUAGAAUGUAACAUCAUUGGAUGUUUAGUUCCAUUUCAUCCCUUAUUUAUUCGGCCUUUGCUCUUAUUCAAUGUUAAGAUCUAGCGACCUAAUACCGAAGAAUGAAGUUCCAGAGUGUGCGACGCUAGUGACAAACGGCGCUGAGUGGCACACGGAGUGUAACAUAGUGAAACAGAGUGAAACAGUGUGAGAGGGAGGCAAUGGACUCAAUGACGUACUGGUGACGACGGGGUGGGGGCGGUGCUGUGAUGAUGUGUUCAAAGUAAAUAAUACUUAUUGUGAUCCUAUAAUACCUCUUAAAGAGGAAAUAAAACAAAUUUCCAUUCUAAA